AUGUAUACACCAUCAUUCUUCUCGCUGGCACUUCUUGCCUCGAGCGUAACUGCUCAAAUGUCAUUAUCCCAAGCCAUUGCAGGGAAUAUUGAUACUCUUUCUACUCUUUCCAUGCUCCUUGGGCAACAACCUGCACUUGUCCGCGCUCUCUCCAACAGUUCAUCAGGAAUUACAGUCCUGGCACCAUCCAACGCUGCCUUCACCAAAUUUCUCGCCGAGCCUGCAAACAAAGCCGCAGCUGGUCAAAGCGAUGUUGUCGCAGCUAUCCUUCAGUAUCACGUAUUGAACGGUAACUUCCCAGCCAGCAAAUUCACAAUGGAGCCACAAUUUAUUCCAACGCUUUUGACAAAUGAGAGCUACACUCAAGUCACUGGUGGACAAGUUGUACAGGUUGCUUUGGAUGGUUCAAACGCUGUCGUCACGACUGGGUUGAAAGAGACAAGUAUGACAACAAUGACUGAUAUCAUGUUUACCGGAGGCGUAAUGCACAUUGUUGAUACAGUUCUUACCAUUCCCAUCUCCCCAUCCAUGUCAGCCAUCGACUCAAACUUGUUAUCUCUUGCGGGUGCCCUCACAGAUACAUCUCUCGUAGAACCAGUCGACUCCCUCAAAGAUGUCACCAUCUUCGCCCCAACCAACGAAGCUUUUGAGAAAAUUGGAAACACGGCUGCUGCGCUCCCCAUGGCACAACUCAGUCAGAUCCUCGAAUACCAUGUUAUCAAUGGCACCGUCGGCUACUCCACCCUCCUAACCUCUGGCCUAGCCAACGAAUCUUUCCCCACCCUCAUGGGACAAUCCCUGACCGUCACCUCCGAAGACUCCAAAGUCUUCAUCAACAGCGCCCAAGUAAUCACCACCGACAUCAUUGUAUCCAACGGUGUCAUGCACGUUAUCGACAACGUACUCAACCCCUCCAACUCCACCAUUGUAGAAGACCCUACUGCGGUCUCCCAACCAAUUGCGUUUGAAGGUGCAACGAGUGCGGCUAGUGCGCCGUUCACCAGUGGGAUUACGGCGACCACAACAGCGCCUAGUGCGGCGACCGGGACGAGUAAUAAGAUGGGAGCGGGAGAGAGGUUGGCAGGUGGAGAGGGGCUGGGAGGUGUUUUGGCGGCGGUUGUGGGGGUUGCUGUUGUGCUUUUGUAG